UUCCCCUUCUACUCUUCAGGCUCCUCCCCCGAAUUUGACACACCACCGAUCCCUGUGUGUCAGAACUUCAUGGUGCCCAAAAAGGAGAUCAGCAUGGUUCCUGAUAUGGGGAAGUGGAAACGUUCCCAGGUACGCCACACCUAUGAUAGGUCUAUAUAGGUUCAAUUCUAAACCCAUCUAUAACCCAGAGGGUUUAGACACCCACUACAUGGAAUUGGAAACACUCCAGGGUCCUGUUCAUUAGGCACCAAAUGGAAUAAAAUUGACUUAAACAGGGAGGGACUACCUGGACAAUAAGAAACUCUUUUUAGUUUACCAUUGCAAAAGCUUUAAAAAACGUAUUACGUUGCAUAGCCUAAUGAACACAACCCACAUACUCAGCGUGCCUCAGUUCAUGUUCAAAUAGAUUAGUCUUUAUUAUCCCAACAGAGUAAACAAAGGUUUCAAGAAACCUGUGAUUGGAGAACUAGAAAAGAUCAGGUCCUUCAUUCAGAGUACUGACCAUAUCUCUCUGCCCUUCUUUCUCUCCCUCUCUCUUUCUCCCUCAAAGGCGUACGCUGAUUACAUGGGAUUCAUUCUGACGCUGAACGAGGGAGUGAAGGGGAAGAAACUUACAUGUGAAUACAAAGUGUCCGAGGUAUGUAGCACCCCUUCUAACAACACUUUGAUUUAGUGACAUAUCCCUUCAGAUGGAAACUAUGUGUUUCUUGUUAUUACAUAUUUGUAUUGAUAUACACACAUUGUUCAUUGAAAGCCACCAUACAGUCUUUUUAAUUGAAUUUUUAAAUCACUGUAUGUCUAAUAAAUCAAAAUGUAUUUCCCUGAGCCUCCUUUUGCCAUUAAAAUGCUCAGUCUGAUCAUGUGGGUGUGUUGAUGCAAAUUUUAAUAUAUUUACAUACACCGCCCAGAUUGGCAGAUAGGAUCGUCUAGACUCUAAGGGAAGGGAAAGGGGGAUACUAGUCAGUUGAAAAACUGAAUGCAUUCAACCAAAAUCUGUGUUUCCGCAUUUAACCCAACCCCUCUGAAUCAGAGAGGUGCGGGGUGCUUCCUUAAUCGACUUCCACGUCAUCGGUGUCUGGGGAGCAGUUGUUGUUGGAGGUUAACUGCAUUGCUCAAGGGCAGAAUGGCAAAUUUUACCACCUUGUCAGCUCAGGGAUUAAUCCAGCAACCUUUCGGUUAACCGCUAGGCUACCUGCCGCCCCUUUCUCUAGAGCCUACCCCGCUUACUCCUUCAAAGUAGGAAGAUACAAAUGCAAAUAAAAGAUGACUGGUCAUUGAUAAGAAUAAUCAGAUCAGAUUGGGAUGUUAUACUGUGGGCCAAAAACUCCAUCCCACCUGAACAGGCUGACAUUUCAUGUGUAAAAAAUAAAUGUAAAUCCAUUAUAUUGUAUUCUUGCCUUUGGUAGCGGCACACACACACGGACUGCUACUGUCCCGCCUUUUCAUGAAUUAUGGAGUAGUUUGGGAGGUGAAGGGGGAGGGGCAUCUGCAGCCAUAGCGACGCUGUCAGUCAGUGUGAAAGAUGGGCGACGCCCCCCCCCCCCCCUUCCGUAAUGGGUCUCUGGAGGAAACUUUUCUUUCCAUCAUCAGGGAGACAGAGAGAGAGUUAUAGGGAGAAUGGGGUCAUUGUUGGUACACAAACUACAAGUAUUCACUCCCUUUGUGUUCUUUUCACAUUUCUUUCCCUUAGAGCCUUGGGAAGUAACAAUUGAUGGCAAAUGUAUUAAUUAAUUUGAAAUAAAAACAUAUCUUGAUGAUAUUGAAGUAUACCGCCUACUCCUGAGUCAAUACAUGGUGGAAGCACGUUAGGCAGCAAUUACAGUUUUGUGUCUUUUUGGAUAGGUCUCCACUAGCUUUUCAUGUCACCUCAAUAAUAAUAAUCUAUCCUUCUUGGCAAAAUUGAAUCAAAUGUAUCCAAAUAACAACAGUUAAAUGUGUUAGCAGGGUUUUUGUGAAUGUUUCUGUUCUCAUUUCAGACCAUAGAGAAGCUUCUGGCUCUGUUGGGGACUCUGGACCGCUGGAUAGAUGAGACCCCUCCUGAAGACCAGCCCUCUCGCUUCGGCAACAAGGCCUACAGGACUUGGUACGCCAAGCUCGACCAGGUAAGCACGCACACACACACACAAAGGGUUUAUCCUAUCCACAAGUCUUUUAAUAAAAUAGAUAGAAUUGAAAUUGUUUGUGUGUUGAAGGUUUUGUUGUGAUAUGCAGUCGCUCUGAGUUUCUGCUAAAUGACAAAAAUGUAAAAAAAAAAAAACUGGUGUGUGUGUAGGAAGCAGAGGGCCUGGUUGCAGCAGUCAUCCCAGAAGACAAGGCAGCUGCGGCUCCAGAGAUAGCUGUGUAUUUGAAGGAGGCGGUGGGCAACUCCACCAGGAUAGACUACGGAACAGGUAACACACACACACAGACACGUCCUUAACGUGUGUGCGUCCCUGUUUCAUAUGCCCACUAGAGGGCACUGUUGAAACACAAAUCCCCUUCUUUCCCUCUUCAGAAUGCUGUCCUUUACAAAUAUACUUUGACUUUGACUUUGGUAUUGCCCAUUGCAACUCCAUUAGUAACAGUAGGAGAUACUUAUAUUCAUCACAUCUGCGUGUGUGCCUGUUCAUGAAUAACACAGGUUGUUGUGUUGUCAGGUCACGAGGCUGCCUUUGCCAUCUUCCUCUGCUGUCUCUGCAAGAUCGGAGCUCUCAGAGUAGAUGACCAGUUGGCCAUCAUUUUCAAGGUGUUUGACAGGUGAGACGGGCACUGUUUUGUGUGUGUGCUUGCGUGCGUGCAUGUGUGCACAAUCUGUAAACGAUUGUAUGUCUAUUGUAUGUACUUCGUAUGGACUAUAAAUGAAACUGCAACCUUCUUUUUAAAACCCCACCAGGUAUCUGGAGGUCAUGCGCAAGCUUCAGAAAACGUACAGAAUGGAGCCUGCCGGCAGCCAGGGGGUCUGGGGGUUGGAUGAUUUCCAAUUUCUACCUUUCAUAUGGGGCAGCUCCCAGUUUGUAGGUAAGAGGCCUACUCCCCUAGCCCCGGCAAAGUCUACUCAUGCACAGCGCAAGUAUUUGAAAAUAUGUGUCAUGCAUAUUUGAUAGUUAUGAAGGGUAUACUGCAGUGUUGCAAGGGAGAGGGUGACACCCAGUGGUCAGUGUGUCUAAUACAUUCCUUCGUUCUUCUCCUCCCCCUCCUUUUGUCCCAGACCACCCCACGCUGGAGCCCAAGCACUUCAUCGAUGAGAAAGUGGUCAACGAGAAUCACCAGGACUACAUGUUUCUGGAGUGCAUCAAAUUCAUUAAUGAGGUGAGAUGGACAUAGAGGCAGAAGAAAGACAAACUGAAAAUGGGUGUUCUGCACGGUUCAGUGUCAAUGCCACCGCAGUUCAGCUCAUACACAACAUGAAUUGUGUUUGACGCGAGUCGUGAGUUGAUCUUUUCUCCCUAUUGCAUUCUAUGCAUUGUAUUCAAUUUUUUUAUGUGUUAAUUGAAUCACUGAAUUGAAUUGAGUUUACUGAAUUUUGGUUCACAGAACUCUGAUCAUUUUGGGAGACAGAGGAAUUGGACUUGUUAUGUAUAUUUACAUAUUUGUUUUUACAUUUUAGUCAUUUAGCAGAUGCUUUUAUCCAGAGCAACUUACAGUUAGUGCAUUCAUCUUAAGGUAGAUAGGUGAGACGACCACAUCUCAGUCAUAGUGAUUAAAGCGGCUAUAAGCAAAUUCAGUGCUAGUAAGGACUGAUUAUAUAGGACUGAUUUGUGUAAGCCAUUCCACCGACAAGAUUCUCUCACACACACACACACACACAGUACCCCAUAUCCAUCUUUACAUCAGUGAGCCAGUAAACCUGGCGGAGAGAGGGGAAUGUGAUUUUGAGACUGUGGCAGGAUGGGAGGGGAGGAGGUGCUGCUAUGUCCUGUUCCUUCCCCCGAACAGCAAAAAGAUGCUGCAGCCUCUCUCCCUCUCUCUCUCCCGAUCUCUCCCGAUCUCUCUCUCCCUCCCUCUCUCUCUCUCUGCUCCUCUCCCUCUCUCCCCUCCCGAUCUUCUCUUCUCCGAGAUCUCUCUUUCUCUCUCCGAUCACGAUCCACUCGAUCCUCUCUUCUCCAAGUCCGCAUAUCUAAAGAUUCUGCUAUCUAUAUUGGAUUCCCCUACUCUCUUCUCCACCGAAUCUCUUUCUCUCUCCCUCCCUCUCUCUCUCCUAUCUCUCUUUUUCUCUCCCUAUCUCCCCUCUCUCUCCCAAUCUCUUUUCCUACCCUCCCCUCUCUCUCUCCGAUCCCCCUCUUCCCGAUCUCUCUCUCUCUCUCCCUCCCUCUCUCUCUCCCGAUCUCUCUUUCUCUCUCCCUCCCGAUCUCUCUCUCUCCCGAUCUCUCUUUCUCUCUCCCUCCCUCUUCUCCUAUCUCACCUCUCUCUCUCUCUCCGCUCUCUCUUUCUCUCCCUCCCCUCUCUAGUCUCCCCUCUCUCUCCCGAUCCUCUUUCUCUCUUCCUCCCUCUCUCUCUCCCGAUCUCCCUCUCUCUCUCCCGAUCUCCCUCUCUCUCUCCCGAUCUCUUUCUCUCUCUCUCUUUCUUUCUCUCUCGCUCUUUCACUUUUUCUCUCAAUUCAAUUCAAAGGGCUUUAUUGGCAUGAGAAACAUAUGUUUACAUUGCCAAAGCAAAUGAAAUAGAUAAUAAAUAAAGUCAAAUAAACAAUACAAAAUGAACAGUAAACAUUACACUCACAAAAGUUUCAAAGGAAUAGAGACAUUUCAAAUGUUAUAUUAUGUCUAUAUACAGUGUUGUAACGAUGUGCAUAUAGUUAAAGUACAAAAGGGAAAAUAAAUAAACAUAAAUAUGGGUUGUAUUUACAAUGGGGUUUGUUCUUCACUGGUUGCCCUUUUCUUGUGGCAACAGGUCACAAAUCUUGCUGCUGUGAUGGCACACUGUGGUAUUUCACCCAAUAGAUAUAGGAGUUUAUCAAAAUUGGAUUUGUUUUCGAAUUCUUUGUGGUUCUGUGUAAUCUGAGGGAAAUAUGUGUCUCUAAAAUGGUCAUACAUUUGGCAGGAGGUUAGGAAGUGCAGCUCAGUUUCCACCUCAUUUUGUGGGCAGUGUGCACAUGGCCUGUCUUCUCUUGAGAGCCAGGUCUGCCUACGGCGGCCUCUCUCAAUAGCAAGGCUAUACUCACUGAGUCUGUACAUAGUCCAACUUUCCUUAAUUUUGGGUCAGUCACAGUGGUCAGGUAUUCUGCCACUGUGUACUCUCUGUUUGGGGCCAAAUAGCAUUCUAGUUUUUUGGUAAAUUCUUUCCAAUGUGUCAAGUAAUUAUAUUUUUGUUUUCUCAUGAUUUGGUUGGGUCUAUUUGUGUUGCUGUUGCUGUCCUGGGGCUCUGUGGAGUCUGUUUGUGGUUGUGAACAGAGCCCAGUACCAGCUUGCUUAGGUGACUCUUCUCUAGGUUAGUCUCUCUGUAGGUGAUGGAUUUCUUAAGGAGGGUUUGGGAAUCACUUCCUUUUAGGUGGUUGUAGAAUUUAACAGCUCUUUUCUGGUUUGGAUAAUUAGUGUGUAUCGGCCUAAUUCUGUUCUGCAUGCAUUAUUUGGUGUUUUACCUUCUACACGGAGGAUGUUUUUGCAGAAUUCUGCAUGCAGAGUCUCAAUUUGGUGUUUGUCCCAUUUUGUUAAUUCUUGGUUGGUGAGCGGACCCCAGACCUCACAACCAUACAGGGCAAUGGGUUCUAGAACUGAUUCAAGUAUUUUUAGCCAGAUCCUAAUUGGGAUGUCAAAUUGUAUGUUCCUUUUUAUGGCUUAGAAGGCCCUUCUUGCCUUGUCUCAGAUCGUUCACAGCUUUGUGGAAGUUACCUGUGGUGCUGAUGUUUAGGCCGAGGUAUGUAUAGUUUUUUGUGUGCUCUAGGGCAACAGUGUCUAGAUGGAAUUUGUAUUUGUGGUCCUGGCAACUGGACCUUUUUUGAAACACCAUUAUUUUUGUCUUACUGAGAUUUACUGUCAGGUCCCAGGUCUGAUAGAAUCUGUGCAGAAUAUCUAGGUGCUGAUGUAGGCACCCUUGGUUGGGGACAAAAGUACCAGAUCAUCAGCAAACAGUAGACAUUCAACUUCAGUUUCUAGUAGGGUGAGGCCAGGUGCUGCAGACUGUUCUUGGGCCCUCGCCAAUUAGUUGAUUAUAUAUGUUGAAGACGGUGGGGCUCAAGCUGCAUCCCUGUCUCACCCCACGGCCUUGUGGAAAGGAGUCUGUGUGUUUAUUGCCAAUUUUAACUGCACCCUUGUUGUUUGUGAACAUUGAUUUGAUAAUGUCGUAUGUUUUUCCCGCAACACCUCUUUCCAUCAAUUUGUAUAGCAGACCAAAUUGAGUCAAAUGCUUUUUUGAAAUCAACAAAGCAUGAGAAGACUUUGCCUUUGGUUUGGUUUGUUUGUUUAUCAGUUAGGGUGUGCAGGGUGAAUACAUGGUAUGUCGUACGGUAAUUUGGUAAAAAGGCAAUUUGACAUUUGCUCAGUACAUUGUUUUCAAUGAGGAAAUGUACGAGUCUGCUGUUAAUGGUAAUGCAGAGGAUUUUCCCAAGGUUGCUGUUGACGCAUAUUCCACGGAAGUUAUUGGGGUCAAAUUUGUCUCCACUUUUGUGGAUAUGGGUGAUCAGUCCUUGGUUCCAAAUAUUGAGGAAGAUGCCAGAUUGAAGGAUUAUGUUAAAGAGUUUUAAGUAUAUUCAAUCAACACCACAGGCCUUUUUGGGUUGAAGGGUUUGUAUUUUGUCCUGUAGUUCAUUCAAUGUAAUUGGAUAAUCCAGUGGGUUCUGGUAGUCUUUAAUAGCUGAUUCUCAGAUUUGUAAUUGAUCAUGUAUAUGUUUUUGCUGUUUGUUCUUUGUUAUAGAGCCAAAAAGAUUGGAGAAGUGGUUUACCCAUACAUCGCCAUUUUGGACAGAUAACGCUUUGUGUUGUUUGUUUAGUGUGUUCCAAUUUUCCCAGAAGUGGUUAGAUUCUAUGGAUUCACAUUGAGCUGUUUUCUGACAUGCUGUUCCAUCUUUUUCUGUAGUGUAUUUCUGUAUUGUUUUAGUGAUUUGCCAUAGUAAAGGCAUAAGCUCAGGUUUUCUUGGUCUCUGUGUUUGGUUGGAUAGGUUUUUCAAUUUCUUUCUUAGGUUUUUGCAUUCUUCAUCAAACCAUUUGUUGUUUUUAAUUUUAUUAGGUUGUCUGCUUGACAUUUUUUUAUUUGAUAGGGAAGCUGAAAGGUCAAAUAUACUGUUUAGGCUUUCUACUGCCAAGUUUACACCGUCACUAUUACAGUGAAAUGUUUUGUCCAGGAAGUUGUCUAAAAGGGAUUGAAUUUGUUGUUGCCUAAUUAGUUUUUGUUAGGUUUCUACACUACUGUCCUUUCAUCUAUAGCAUUUCUUAAUAUUAUUCAGUUCCUUUGGCUUUGAUGCUUCAUUAUUGAGUAUUGCUCUGUUCAAGUAGACUGUGAUUUUGCUGUGGUCUGAUAGGGGUGUCAGUGGGCUGACUGUGAACACUCUGAGAGACUCUGGGUUGAGGUCAGUGAUAAAGUAAUCUACAGUACUACUGCCAAGGGAUGAGCUGUAGGUGUACCUACCAUAGGAGUCUCCUCAAAGCCUACCAUUGACUAUGUACAGACCCAGCGUGCGACAGAUCUGCAGGAGUUGUGACCCGGUUUUGUUGGUUGUUUUGUCAUAGUUGUGUCUAGGAGGGCAUAUUUGGGAGGGAAUACUGUCACCUCCAGAUAGGAGUUUGUUCCCCUGUGUGCUGAGAGUGUCAAGACAGAUGACUUCAGACCUUGUAUAUUCCAGGAUGAGAUUGUAAAAGCUUUGUGUUCCGUAGUGUGUUGUGAGUGAGAUUUUUCUCUAUCGCUCGCUCUCUUUCUUUCCUUAUGUGAGGAGGCAGAAGAAAUGAGUUUCUCUCUGUGUAUAUGCAGAUCUUUUUAGUUCUUCAGCUCUACCCUAUGUUUAUGGAUGUGUGUGUUCAGCACAUUCCACUCUCUGUGCUCCUGUUUUUUGUUUGUUUGUUUGUUUGUGUGUGUUUGUAUGGUCUCUCCUUCAUCCACUGUCUCAGACGCUCAGACGUACAGUUGUUCUGCUUGCGUAUUUUCUCUCUCUUACCCUUUCACCGGAACACUCUCAUAUGCUGACACACAAACGUGCAUAUAUACACACACACACACACACACACACACAUGCUCUCAAACAGUCUCAGCCUCUCUGGGAGGUUGUGUGUAGUGUACUAACAACGAGAGUCAUUUCCUUCCCCACAUGCUGUUGUGAAUCACUCCUUCCUCCAGGGUACCCUCGCUCGACCCCACCCCCUCUCUGGUGGUGUCUCUGUGUGUGUGUGUUUGUGGAGGCCCGGGGGAAGCCAGGGGCUGGGGUUGGGUUCCUUCCCCGGUCACAAGCCGCACUCAGGGUUCUGGUGGGGGGGAGGUGCUGGGAACGGAAUGGGGGAGCUGUGGGGGGAGACAGUGUCCACACACUACCACUACAUUCAUUCAUUCAGGGCCCUUCUUGCUCUCUUUGUCUCUGUCUGUCUCUCUCUCUUUCUUCCCUUGGGGCAAAUAUAAGGGCACACACACACACACACACACACACAAAGAAAGAAAGAAAUGCACUCUCCUCACUGGCACCCCAAAAAUAAUGAGAUGUUGACCUGCCUACCAUUAUGUCUUGUAAUGUCUUAGGCUUAUAUAUUCCAUAUUGGCUGGUUAGCUUAUAGAUGAAUUAAAUGUAUAUCUUUCUGCUCUCCUCCUUUCUCUUUCUCUUAUUAUCCUCUCUCUUCCCCCUCUCUCACCCCCUCCCCCCUCUCUCUUUCUGUCUCUCUUUCUCUUAUUAUUCAUUAUUCUCUCUCUCUCCCUCCCCCCUCUCUCUUUCUCUCUCUUUCUGUAUCCCCCCCCCCCCCCAGAUGAAAACUGGUCCAUUUGCUGAGCACUCCAAUCAGCUGUGGAACAUCAGUGCUGUCCCCACCUGGUCCAAAGUCAACCAGGGCCUGAUCCGAAUGUACAAGGCAGAGGUAAGAGGAGACACACCCCACAGAGUGAAAACAAUCUGUCUAGUGCACUUUGUAAGAUGAUGAACCUUGACAGAGUUGGUCCCCCUAAAAUAAAACGUAAACGAUAAAGCAAAUGUGUCCCAUAACAUUUUAACAUGGAAAUAGCAAUUUCUAUGAUACAUCUGUAGUUUCAAAGAGUAACAUUCCCUGCGAGCGACAUUAUUUUCACAAAACACGAUUUAAAGAUGUAGAUCUUUUAGUUAACACAGUAUCCUAUGACAACAAAGACAUAAACAGUGAAGUCAUACGUCAUGUCAGGUUACAAGGCAGUCAUACCCUUCCAAAUCAAGGGGUAAGUUUCAUUAGUUUAAAUCACAGACUGUGCCUUUAAAGGUGAUUCUGUCAUUUGGAUUUCCCCAGGGGCAGUUUGAGGUACUACAGAUUAGGGAUUCAAUUUCAUGUCAGGGGUAAUGAAAUAGUUUUGUUGAGUGUGUGGGUAGUGUAGUUUAAUCGUUAAAGUUUACACAAGUUCAUUCAAACAGAAGUGUAGUCCUCCCAAGUGGAAUGGAAGAAAGAGAAAAUAGAAACUGUCUUGUAGUGUGAUUUAUAACUGCACAUUUGUUCUAAAGAGAUGGUAGGCUAAUGAUUCUAUUGAGAAGUUAAGAGGCAGGCAAGGGUUAAACAAGAGAGGAACUGAGAGAGCGGAACAGUGUCAGUGUGUGUGUGUGUGUGAGAGCAUCGCUGGCCCCACCCCCUUCUCCUGCCUGAGCCCACAUCCUGUGUUUUCAAGAGUGGGCCUGCUAGUCUUCCCAGAGCUGAGGGGCCAAGCUGUCUGCUAACACCCCCCCCCCAUCCUUCCCAGGCUCGCAUUCCACUCUCCCUCCCCCGGCCCCACAUAGGGAAUCAGCUCUGUGCUCUUGUCUCUCUCCCUCUCUUUUCUGCGUUUCUCUCUACCACUGCCCUGCCUCUAGCCUGCUGCUUGCUUCCCUCCUCAGCCCUUUCGCAAUUUCUCCAUUUCUGCCAGGGCUCAACAAUAAAAUAUGCAACUCAGACAAGUCGUUCUGUUCAAAUGUUUAUCCUGACCCUGGUGUGGAUGUUUUUUUUUUGGUGUUAAUUUACAGAUGUUAUAUAGUCAAUUGACAAUGACUGAACAAAUGCUGAUUGAAGAAGUACUUACCUUUUUUUAGAGACCUCUGAUACUGUUACAAGUGUAGUAUGUCAAGGUGCCUGUUGUAUGAACCACAAAUAUACUAAAAUAGUUAUUAUUGAGUAUUGUUAUGCUAUUACCAUGUAAUACCUUGGAAUAUUGAAGUAGAUACUAGGUAGUGUCCCCUGUAGCUCAGUCGGUAGAGCAUGGCGCUUGCAACGCCAGGGUUGUGGGUUCGUUUCCCACGGGGGGCCAGUAUGAAAAAUGUAUGCACUCACUAACUGUAAGUCGCUCUGGAUAAGAGCGUCUGCUAAAUGACUAAAAUGUAAAUGUAAAAUGUAGUGCUGAGUGAUUAGUGCUUUUUGAGGUCAGUUCGGUUUCGGUUCGAUUACAAAAAAUAAUAGCGGUUUUCAUUUUUUAUUAUUUUACUGCUUAUCACUUAUUAACCAUUAUUUAUUCACAUUACUUUAAUAAAAUAUUUCCGUUGUGUAUAUUACAUUUGUUUUAUUUGAUGGCUUUUAUUUCAUUCCAAGUCAUCAUCUCAUCUCUAUAGAGCUGCUGCCUAUGCUGUCUUGACAAAAUCACUAUUUUAGUAGUUCUUCUAAGUAAAUAAGAUAUACUUUUAUGACUGCUGAAUUCUAACUAACUAUCAAUCACUUAGAUCAUGUAUUUUCAGGUAGAGAACUCACGAAGCAACUGCUUUCUAUACCUCUCGAUCUCUCUAUCCCUCUUGAUCCAGUUCGGGCUUGAUCUGAUUUAUCUCUUGAGAAACUGCAGUGAGAAAAUGUGCAUGGAGCUCACAGAAAAAAACAGAACAAAAUAGAAUUCAAAUAAUUGAACCUACUUCGGUCAAUUACAUGUUUAAAAAUGGUUAAUAUUUCAGCACUAAUACUAGGUAAAUUAAGUGUUACCCAAGGUUGCGCAAUAAUAAUUUUGACUCCACACAUCUAAAACUUUAGCAUUUGCUGUGGAUUCACAUUGUUUAUUACUUUGAGCCACUGAACUACCGUAAACAUUUUCUUUUUGUCAUUUAGCAGACGCUCUUAUCCAGAGCGACUUACAGUUUUAGUGAGUGCAUACAUUUUUCAUACUGGCCCCCUGUAAAUCAGUCAUUUCCAAUGGAUGGAGGCACAAUGAGACAUUUAAUAUUUUCACUCUUCGCAGCUAGAGAUGUGUAUGAAAAGAAAGUCACACUAUAUAUGAUCCCAACAUUUUAAUGGGUAAACAAACAUUUCGGCACACAGUGUGCAUUCUUCAGGGCGAGAAAGUUUCAACUUCUUGCAAAUUAUCAGCGACGCAACAUUGCGUUAACAAUCAGCGGAGGGAAGCUCUCGUUAGCAAGCUUUGACACCUUGCUUGAUAGACUAGUUUUAGACCAGUUUUACAGGCCGUUCCGAAGAAACACCCACGAGGGGAGAUUUUGGCAAUGUGGUGCUACAAGGUAGUAAGUAGAAGCAAUAUUGCUGAUACCAUCCAGCUGUUACUUUUUAUUUAGAUAUAUUUAUAUAUAUAUUUUUUGGGAUAUAUAUAUUUAUAUAUUUUUUAUUUUUUAUAUUAUUAUUUUAACUAGGGACUAGUGGUCAAUUUGGAACUGGGCAACUCAAUCUCCCCAACAGUCUAUCACCUCUAGGAGUGUGAACUACUGGCCAGGUGAAAGCCAUCUCCAUUUAAUUGUUUUCAAUGGCGAUCACACGAUUGUAGAAACAGAUUGUACUCAAAAACUCCCAUUUUAUUUAUCAAAGUUUCAUAUGCCAAUGAUCUGAGUGUGAAGUUAGCUGGUUCACGCCGGCCCAACGCCACGCCCGCUAGCGUUUCUUCUCCACAGUGAGUCUGGCUAUGCUUUCCUACCUGAUGCCUUGUAGAAUGCGAACACAUUCUGACCCUUCUGAUUGGUCACAGAUACCGAUGGGUUGGUCCUGAGUCGUCAUUGGCUUUGAUACUCUGAUUGGUUAGAGACGAUCCAAUGAUGAAUUUGUUUUGGACAACGGCCCUGAUUUUGAGAGGUCCAUGGAGAGUAUAAAGAGCAAUGUCGGGUCUGAAAGUGGCUAGCUAGCCACACGAAAGGCAGAUACAACUCUCAAUGUUUAGACGAAUGUAAAUGUGACCAAAUUGUCACAGCCAGAGGUAACUGAGCCAUGGACUGGCAGCUGUGGAGGAGAUGAAAGGUGCGCUGAUAAGGGCUAAUGAUAGCUGCCCUGUGGUAGCUUCAGUCGCUGAAGCUACCCUUGUAUUAUCCUAGAGCCGGGAAAGUUUCAAAUGUAUGCAAAUAUUCAGCGACGCAAAUUUGUGAUAAUAAUCAGUGGAGGGAAGCUCUCGCUAGCAAGCUUUGACACCUUUAUUUUAGGACCUAGACCACCGUAUGUGAAUUGCACGAAGUUGCUUGUUCUAGCCAAGUCCAUAGCUUUGGCUUUGGUUGGUGUGUAUGGAUUAUGCUAAACCAAGUUCGCACUAGACAAAGUAAAGCAAAUUGUACCGCUUCUGUUCUUCACCACCCGUCCUCUAUUCGCUUUAUGUAUUUCUCAUAGGUUAAACAAAUAUCUCAAAUGUUUCUCUCCUCAUCUCUAUCUGAUACCCCAUCUCUCUUUCUUUCCUGUCUCUCCCUCUUACUUUUUAACCCCCCCCCCCCCCCCCCCCCAACGUUUUCUUUCUUCCUUCUUUCUUUGACCAUCUUCUUUUUAUCUCUAUUCAUCCUUGUAAAUUCCCUCCCUCCCUUCUCUCUCUCUCUUUCUCCUCAUCUACUCCUAGUGCUUGGAGAAGUUCCCCGUCAUUCAGCACUUCAAGUUUGGCAGUCUCAUCUCCAUCCAGCCUGUGAAGCCCUGA